AUUGUUUUUGGUCUAAUCAAUUCAAGCGGUACGGGUAGCUAGCGGUCUGUCAAGUUUUGCUUUUGUGCAAAAUAUAAAUGCUUAAAUGUUGCUUUUGCUGUGUGAAUGUCUUUGUAAUUAUAUUUUGUAAGGAGGCAAGGAAAGUAAGCCACACAUAGCAAUACAUCAUGACUGACAUAAGUAACAAAACUGAUACCUCACGGAGCGGGACUGAAGCCGAGAAUGAUGUUGCAAUUGACAAAGAUGUUAAAAAGACGUCCGAGACAGAAGAUGCAGAAGAAAGUAAAGAGUCAGAUGAAGGAAGUGCUGACUUAUCUGAUAAAAAAACACCAGAGAAGAAAUUUCAAAGUGAAGGUCCUAAAGUUGAUUCAAUGAAGUUGUUGGAAGCUACAAAGGCAAAGAAUUUCGACCUUGUGUCUGCUAUAUUACAGGAAAGUCCUAAACUGCUCAUUGAUACAACAGACGAAGUGGGAAAGACAACAUUACAUUACUUAUGUAACCUAGGAAACACCUCGGAGAUUACACUUUGUCUACAACGGAAACCAGACGUCAAUAAAGCGGAUAAAAUUGGCUGGACUCCAUUGCACUAUGCGUCAAUGAAAGGUAAUACAGACGUUGUACAGCUCCUCGUUGAUUAUGGAGCAGAUGCUAAUAAGCCUGAUUUGCAAAAGGGUCGUACACCUCUUCACCUUGCGGUAUCAAGAAAUCACCAAGAUAUCGUGGAAACAUUAGUACAUUGUGGAGCUGAUCCUAAUGCAGCUGAUCAGGACGGGAAGACAGCAGCAGACAUCUGCCGAAAUGAAUAUAUGAGGGACAAAUUAAAAACGGCAGCUCUUAACAAAAAGAACGAACUUGGAGAACUGACUGUUGAAACAAUGGACAUCCGAAUGGACAAGCCAACACCUUUUCCAAAUCUUGGUCUCACGGUCACACCGGUCCAAACAUCCGCACAGGGUGCGAAUACAAAAGUCGAGAAGGACGAAACAAACACAUGUUUUACAAUGUCAAUCAGAAAAACAUCUGCUGAUAAAUUAGACGACAAAUUCACUUUGGAAGAUACAGAAGAAGUCUGUAGUGAUAUAUUUACGCUGAAGACAGCCCGGACAAAUGGACCAACUAAUGUUGACAUCAGCAUACCGAUACUUACUGCUCCUAAUGCUGCAGAAGAAAUUGUGAUGAAGACUGACAAAGGGGGAGAAAUCGUUCUCACAGACAUAAAAGAAGAGGACACGAAGUGGCAAUGUAUUGCUUCCGUUGAUGUCACGUCAUUAGAUUCAUUUGUUGUUGUUUCUCGUCCAAAACUUGAGAAAUUCAGCGUAGGCUCCGGCGCUGCAAAUAUAAAGUCUACUGUCGAUGACAGAGUAGAACUUGAUAUACCUAAAGGAACGUUUGACAAACCAGUCACAAUUACGAUGGAGAUAACGGAUCCUCCACAAAAAGAAGAACUUGCAAAAGUGAUGAAUCAGUGUGCUGAUAUAUCUUCAACAACUUCAUUCUACUCUCUAGACAGCGGAGGAACAACACUGUCUAAACCGGUCUCAGUCAAGGUGCCACUUCCCACUACGUUUACGGGUCAAGGAAAGCUGUUACUUUUUACAAUGAACGAUGCACCUACCAAAGAAAGCCCAGAAAGCUGGAAGCUGAUGUCAGAAGGCAGUAAUAUCAAGACAGGCAGGAUCGAGUUUGAUGUUCCGUCGUUUUCUAUUAAAGUUGCUGUUGAAACAUCUUCAACCAUGGCGGAUGAUAUGUCGCAAUUUGGCAGUACGUCAAGUUUCUCCAGCCUCGUCAGUCAGGUAAGCCGAAUUUACCGAAAGUCUAGACGAAAGGAACAUUCAGUCACGUUUCUGUGUAUGUCUAGAAGAGUCGGUACUUCAAACACGUUUAAAAUUGUCGUCAUGUGCUGCAAGUUAGACCAAAGGGCAAAGAAUGUUGCCUACUGGGAGGGAGAAGGGUUUGAAAAUCAUGGCGAAGUUAAACAUUUGAACAAUGAGUCGGAGAUCAGGGCAAGAGCUAAACAACGGUUCAAGAUAACUAGCCAAACUCUAGGCAUGGUUGAUGAACAGGAACACAUUAUAGAUUUUCAACCAAAACUAGAAAAGUCUCAUCGGACGUUAACAGUGAAAAUUCCGACGGGUCAGAAUAUUACAACAGGUCAGCUGGAGUUCUACAAAGUGGAAAAGAAGACAGAUGACGAUGCUGAAAUUAACGACACUGAAAAGAUUGCUUUAACUGAAGUAACUCUCUUAGCAUUCAAUCCCAAAAUGAUGGAACAACUUGACGGAAGAUCAUUUCUGACUUACAAAAGAAUGGUUGUACUACAAAAAGAGAUUAUUGAUGUCUGGUGGAAAAUCCUAAUACUGAUGGAUAUUCCUUUCAAAACAAUCGAGAAAACGUUAGGUGACUCGGGUAGCCUCGAAGAAAAAGUCAAUGGGCUUUUGUUUGAUUGGAAAGAACAGAAUCGAGGUGACAAAUCUCGUGGUUUGCCUAUCCUGAUGUCAGCACUAUGUCGUUGUGGUAAACGCCUCAUCGUCAAUGAUUUGCAGAGACAGCUUCUUCAAUGGAAAAAUGACGCUGCAAACCGCAACGAUGCUUUCUAUAAAUGGCUUAUGACCGCUUACAAGUAUGACCUUCUCAUACCAACACGUUAUGACAGUCCAAUGUCUGAUACAUUCUUGGCAAUGUUAGCGGAUCGCAUCAAGCCAUCAACAGAUCUCGCUGCAGCUCUAUCUAUUCCUGGUGGAACCAUUUCUGAUGUUCUUGCAAACAACAGAGUUUAUCCAACGGAGGGAAUAAAAACUAUGAAGAUCUUCGACCAUUUCCGAAUGGGUAUGAACAAUAAAGCAAAUGCCUUGAAGAAGUUGGUCGAUGGGCUGAAGGACAUAAAUCUGAAAGAAGACGCAGAUUAUGUUAUAAUGAUGACUGGAGCAUGGCUGAAAAGACAACCGGAAGGGGACAGUGUAUUCGCAGAAGUAUACAAAAGUGUGACAAAAUAAUGAGACAAACCAGCUAAGAUACUGAUUCGUAUGCCUAUUCCUGAAUAUUCUAACUUUAACAGUAGAAUAUUGCAAUGGUUAAAGAAAUUAAAACAUUAUAAUAACAUUUUGACUGAAUAUGCCUGUUUUCUUUACUGUAGAAUGUUGACGGAUUGCAAUUUUAGCUAAACGAGUUGUUUUGACAUUAUUUCAUUGUGAUUUUAUAUGAUGCGCAGUUGGAUUUUACCAAUAUUUCCACGUUUGUUAUAUCGCCUACAGUUUCAAGAUGUACUUUAUAGCGCUGGUAAUCAAUACAAACAAUUAAAAUAGAUUAGUGCAUGUGCUUUCAUUCUAUUGUUUGCUUAAUUGUUGUUUGUUCUAUAUUCGUUCGAUCUGUCUGAAAUAAAAGAUAAAGGCUGUUA